AUGUUCGCACUCAAUGAUAAUAAACCUAUUUGGGUACGAGAUAAUGAACAUGGCUUUCUUCUUGGUAAAAUAACCGAUAUUGGUUCAGAUAAUGUUACUGUUCAAUUGAAUGAAAAUAGAAAGAAAUUAGUUGUACCGUACGAUUCAGCAUUUCAAGCAGAAGAAUAUGAUAAAGAUGUUGAUGAUAAUUGUGCCCUUAUGUAUCUUAAUGAAGCAACAUUAUUAAAUAAUGUUCGUCGUCGUUAUAAAAAAGAUUUAAUUUAUACUUAUGUAGCAAAUAUUUUAAUUGCAAUUAACCCAUAUAAAGAAUUAUCUGGUCGGUAUUCAAGUAAUGCUAUCAAAAGCUAUAAUGGAAAAUCACUUGGUAUUAUGCCACCACAUGUUUAUGCCAUUGGUGAUAAAGCAUAUCGUGAUAUGCGUUCUACCAAACAAAGUCAGUCAAUAAUAAUAUCAGGCGAAUCCGGAGCUGGUAAAACUGAAUCAGCUAAAUAUGUUUUACAAUAUUUAACUGAAUCAUACGGUGCUCAUAAUGGUCAAAUUGAAGAUCGUAUAAAUAAAUCCAAUCCAUUAUUAGAAGCAUUUGGCAAUGCUAAAACAACUCGUAAUAAUAAUUCAAGUCGUUUUGGUAAAUUUAUUGAAGUUCAUUUUAAUGAUAAACAUCGUGUUGUUGGUGGUUAUAUAUCACAUUAUUUACUUGAAAAAUCUCGUAUAUGUGUUCAAUCAAAAGAUGAACGAAAUUAUCAUAUAUUUUAUCGUUUAUGUGCUGGUGCACCUGAAACUAUUCGAAGUGCAUUACGACUUACAUCACCAGAUAGUUAUCAUUAUCUUAAUCGUGGUUGUACACAAUAUUUUUGUAAUAGUCAAACAGAAAAAUCUUUAUCAAAAACACGUCGAAGUCAAGAUUUUAUAUCAAAAGGUGCAUUACGUGAUCCACAAUUAGAUGAUGUUAAUGAUUUUAAUGAAUGUGAUGAAUCAAUGGAUCAAAUGGGUUUAACAACACAAGAUAAAUUCAAUAUUUAUAGUACAGUUGCAGCUGUUUUACAUGUUGGAAAUAUUAAUUUUGAAGAUGAUCCCGAAAGUACAAAAGGUGGUUGUAAAGUAACAUCAGCAACAGAAAAAUCAUUAAGUAUAACAGCCGAAAUGCUUGGUCUUGAUCAACGUGAUUUACGUAAUGCAUUAAUAACAAGAGUUUUAAUGACAAAAACAACUAGUAGUAGUAAAGGAACGGUUAUUCCUGUUCCAUUAAAAGUUCAUGAAGCUCAAAAUGCACGUGAUGCAUUAGCUAAAGCAAUAUAUAUUCGAUUAUUUGAUCAAAUAGUUACAUUUGUUAAUAAAUCAAUACCAUUUAGUUCAUCUACAUCAUAUAUUGGUAUUCUUGAUAUAGCUGGUUUUGAAUAUUUUCCUAUAAAUUCAUUCGAACAAUUUUGUAUUAAUUAUUGUAAUGAAAAAUUACAACAAUUUUUUAAUGAACGUAUACUUAAAGAAGAACAAUUAUUAUAUGAAAAAGAAGGUCUUGGUUUGAAAAAAAUUAAUUAUAUUGAUAAUCAAGAUUGUAUUGAUUUAAUCGAAGCAAAAACAACUGGUUGUUUUGAUUUAUUAGAUGAAGAAAGUAAAUUACCAACACCACGACCAGAACAUUUUACAACGGAAGUUCAUAAUCGUAAUAAAGGCCAUCCAAGACUUGAUUUUCCACGAAAAUCUAAAUUACGUGCAUCACGUGAAAUUCGUGAUGAUGAAGGUUUUCUAGUUCAACAUUUUGCUGGUAGUGUUGUUUAUUCAACUGCACAAUUUAUUGAAAAAAAUAAUGAUGCAUUACAUACAUCAUUACUUAUUCUAGUUCAAGAAUCAAGAAAUAGUUUCAUUAAAAAUCUUUUUCCCAAAGCACCCGAACAUGAACAAUCAGCAGGAAAAUUAAAUUUUAUUUCUGUUGGUUCAAAAUUUCGUUCACAAUUAGCUGAUCUUAUGAAUAAAUUACGAAGUACUGGUAUUAGUUUUAUUCGUUGUAUUAAACCAAAUCUCAAAAUGGUUUCAAAUUUAUUUGAAGGUGGUCAAAUUCUAAGUCAAUUACAAUGUAGCGGUAUGGUAUCAGUGUUAGAUUUAAUGCAACAAGGUUUUCCAUCACGUACACAAUUUGCUGAAUUAUAUGGAAUGUAUAAAUCAUAUUUACCAAAAGAAUUAGCACGACUUGAUCCACGUCUUUUUUGUAAAGCAUUAUUUAAAGCUUUAAAUCUUCGUGAUACAGAUUUUAAAUUUGGUUUGACUAAAGUUUUUUUUCGUCCGGGAAAAUUUGCUGAAUUUGAUCAAAUUAUGAAAUCUGAUCCCAAUAAUUUAGCUAUACUUAUAUCAAAAGUUAAAAAAUGGCUUUUAUGGACACGAUGGAAAAAAGCUCAAUGGUGUGUUCUAUCUGUUAUUAAACUUCGAAAUAAAAUUCUUUAUCGACGUCAAUGUUUAAUUGAUAUUCAAAAACAUGUUCGUAUGCAUUUAGUUUAUAAACGUUAUGCACCACGAAUUCGAGGUUUAGUUAAAGUUAAGGCAUUACAUGAACAAGUUGCUUCAAUGGAAAAAAUUGUUGGACAAAUGAAAGUGAAUAAAGAACAAGUUUCUAAACAAGUACACCAAUUAAGACAACGAAUUGAUCAAUUAAUGCAUGAAAUUACAAAUAAAUCUAUGAAUUCAACACAUAUUGAUAAUGCCUACAAUGAUCUUGUUUCAUCAAUUGAUCGUGAAUUUCGUCGAUUAAAACAAGUUCUUGCUGAACAAGAAAUAAAAGAAGAAGAAGCACGUUUGAAAAAAAUUCAAACGGAACUUGAACGUGAAAAAAAUAAAAAAGUUGCUGAAGAAAAACGUUUAGCACAAGAAAAAGAAGAAUUUCGACAACGUUCAGCUAUUGCUCAACGUCAAAAGGAAGAAGAACAGUUUAAAGGUAAACUUAGUGCUGAAGAAACAAAACGACAAAAAGAACGUGAAGCAAGAGAAUCCGAUGAAGAAGCUCGUUUAGCUGAAAUGAAUGAACGUGAACGUCGUGAUUAUGAUUUAGCACGACGUCUUGCUUUAGAAACAGGUGGUGAAGCUGAUUUACCACAUUUACAACGAACACGUCGUCCUGUUAUUAAUCAAAAACAUGAUUUAAGUAAACAUACGUAUGCACAAUUACGAGAUUUAAUUAAUACAUCUUGUGAUUUGGAAUUACUUGAAGCUUGUAAAGAAGAAUUUCAUCGACGUUUAAAAGUUUAUCACGCAUGGAAAUCAAAAAAUCGAAAAGGAAAAAAUCCAUCAGCUUUAGAUGAUAAAAUAGAUGAAGACGAAGAACGAGCUCCAAAGGAUAUUUUAAAUAAUAUUGUUCCACUUUCAUUGACUGGUGGCACAUCGAUAUCAAGUGGAUCAAUGAAAAAAACUGGACAAUUAUUAACAACUAUUAGUUCAAAAAGGACUGGUAGUGGUAAAGUAGCUGAACAACGAUACUUUCGUAUUCCAUUUAUUCGUCCAAAUGAUGAAAAUCGAGAUCCACAUAGCGAUCAAAAAAAGAAAGGAUGGUGGUAUGCUCAUUUUGAUGAUAAAUGGAUUGCUCGUCAAAUGGAAAUACAUCCAAAUAAAGAAGCCGUACUUCUUGUUGCUGGUGUUGAUGAUAUGAAUAUGUGUGAAUUAAGUUUAGAUGAAACAGGAUUAACAUCGAAAAAAGGUGCUGAAAUACUUGAACAUGAUUUUGAACAAGAAUGGCUUAAACAUGGUGGUCGAGAAUAUUUAAAGUCACAUUUUGGACAAAUUAGUUCGAAAUAUGUUGUUCAAUUACUUCAAGUUCUUACUUAUCGAGUAUCAUUAAUAGAAAUUAAACAUAAAGAAUAUGAUCCAUUUGUUGUGCUUAAUAUUGAUCGAGAAUCAACAGUUAGUGAAAUAAAACGAGCUUAUCGUGAAUUAAGUAAAAAACAUCAUCUAGAUCGUGGUUGUGAUCCUGAACAAUUUAAAGAAACUGCUAAAGCUUAUAAAACUUUAACUAAUGAAGAAGAAGCAAAAGAAAAUUGGAAAAAAUAUGCAAAUCCUGAUGGACCAGGAGUUACUCGUUUUGGUAUUGUUUUACCAAAAUGGUUAGUCGAUCAUCAUAAUUCUAUAUUUGUUCUUUUAAUUUAUACUGGUGUAUUUAUGAUUGUACUUCCAGUUAUUGUUUUAUUUAGAGAAUUACCUGAUGUACAAGAAAAUACUAAAGAGAGACCAUUUCAAGCACCGUAUAGUAUAAAAGCACGUACAUUACUUCAUGCACAUCUUCAUCAACUUAAUAUAUUAAGUGAUAAUCUUGGAAAAGUGAAAAAUGCUCCACGGCUUGAUACAAUUGAAAAUACAAUGAAAUUAUCACCAAUGCUUCGUACCAUCAAAUUCAUCCGACAAUUUGUUGCAAUAGAUGAUGAACAACGUCGUUCUAUGUUACAUUGUAUCACAGACGAACAGUAUUAUGAUAUUAUGAAUGUUCUUGCUAUUUAUUCACAUAUAACAAUGAAUGUAACAUGUGGAGUCUUUAAUGAUGAAGAUGAACAUAUAAUAACAACAGGAACUGUUGUGAUAUUAACAAUACAUUUACAUCGUGAAAAUAUGGCAUCUAUUUUUAAUGAUGAUUCAACGAAACAUUCUGAUGGUAAUAAUAAUAAUGAUGAUGAAAAUCGAAUAAAUGAACAAAUAUUUCAACGAUUUCAAAGAUUAUCAAAUAAAACAAAAAUUCGACAUAAUGAAAAUGAAGAAGAUAUAUUUCUUGAACGAUUUCAACAACAACAACAUGAUGAAGAAGUUGAAGUCAAAUUUUCAGCACCAAAAAGACCUGGUCAUUAUGUUUAUUCAGUUAUAUUAAGAUCUGAUUCAUAUUUUGAUUUUGAUGUUCAAGAAGCUAAAGAAAUUGUUGACAAUCAUUCGCAAUGGGAUUUUAGUGAUGAUGAUGAUGAAGGAAUGAAUAAUGAAGCUAAAGACAAUGAGUUUACAACUGAAAGUGACAGUGACAAAGACUAG